UUGUCACCAAUCGUGGAGUUGAACGUCGGCGGGGAGUUGUACACGACAACGCUGAGCACCUUGAAGAAACACCCUGGCUCCAAGCUGGCAGAGAUGUUCACCGGCCAGCCCAAACUCAGGACUGACUCUGAAGGGAGGUUCUUUAUCGACAGGCCAGGCACCUAUUUCAAAUACAUCUUGGAGUAUCUGCGCAGUAACCAAGUGCCCACCCAGUGCAUCCAGGACGUCUACAAGGAGGCGUUGUUCUACGACAUCGAACCUCUGAUCAAGCAGCUGGAGGACUCCCCACAGAUCUUCGGGGAGCUCAUGGCGAGGAAACAAUUCCUGGCUCGGGUGCCCAACUACAGCGAGAACAUCGAACUGAUGAUCCGCAUCGCCAGGGCGGAAGCCGUCGCGUCCCGCCGGUCCAGUGUCAUCGUGUGUGUGGUCAGAACCGAGGAGGACAUGGCCAGAUGUCAGGAUGCCUUGAACAGCUUGGACAUGGAUAAAAAAUCCGUGGUGAAGUUUGGCCCCUGGAAGGCAGCGCCAGGUAUUUCUGAUCUGCUGGACUGCAUUCAAAUGGACAUUGAAGCCAAAGGGUAUAAAAUAUCCUUUCAGCCCCACGUCGCUGAGAAAGGUUUUCGCUUCAAAUCGCACGACUUCUUCUACAAGUUCCUGUUCACCUGGUGGUAGCAAAGUGCCACCAUUGGUGGAGAACGGAAGAAGGCAAUUAUUAAAAUGAAUUAACUUGGGCCAUGGAGACU